GGCCUGCUGCUUAGCCGCCUCUGCUCCGUCGGGCAUUCUGGGAGUUGUAGUUGGUUCCCAUCUCCCUCUCUUAAGUGCCCGCUCCGUGGUCUGUCAGUCUGGCUCAGUAUUCAGUUACCCUCUGCUGCCUUUCAUACCAGGAUCUCCUUUCAUUCCUCCUCUGGGUGCGGGGUAUGAGUGACCCUGAUGCCUGCCACAGAGAUGGAAGAUUUCCGGCGGUCCUACGUGAGGCUGUGCAAGGAGAGUGGUGCUGAGCCCCAGGAGAGUGUCCUGCAGCACUUGCAGGAAGCGACCGGGAGAAGCCGCUUGGAUUUUGCUACACAGAGCCUUUCUGUGGACACAUGUGGUGCCCUGGGCAAGCUCUUGAUGGAUGAACUCCAGUUCACUGAGGUUAUGCUGAGCGACUGCAUGCUGAGCGAAGAAGGGGCCAAGCUGCUACUGCAUGGACUUUGCUGCAACACUGUUGUGAAAUCCUUGGACUUGAAGGGAAACAACCUACGAGCUGUGGGGGCUGAAGCUCUGGGGAAACUGCUCAGACAAAACAAGUCGAUCAGAAGUCUCACUCUAGAAUGGAACAAUCUGGGUGUAUGGGAGGAAAGCUUUGCCCUGUUCUGUGCAGGGCUUGGAGCCAACAGUUCGCUCCAACGCUUAGAUCUACGCAAUAAUCAGAUCAACCACCAGGGGGCAGGAGAGCUGUCCAUGGCAUUGAAAAACAAUUCCACUCUACAGGAACUUGAUCUUCGCUGGAAUAACAUUGGGCUCCUGGGGGGCCGCGCUCUCCUGAAUUGUCUGCAUAGCAACCGAGCCCUCCGACAACUAGAACUGGCUGGGAACAACGUGCCCAGUGACAUCCUGAAGGCUGUAGAUCAAGCCAUGGAGCACAACCAAGAGCGUCAGAGCAUCCUUUGCAAGAGUCGGAACAGGACGCAGGUGCUCAGCAAAGAGGUGCUGUCUUUGAAGGAGGAGAAAGCUAAACAGUUCCUGGACCUGAUGGACACUAUUGACAGACAGCGAGAGGAGAUAACCCGCGGGGGCAGGGUAUCAGCAACACGUGUCGGGCAGCUGCAGGAGGCCCUGACCGAGCGUCAUUCUGUGAUCAACUCCCUACAAGCAAAACUCCAAAUGACAGAGGCAGCUUUGGCCCUGUCUGAGCAGAAGGUGUACAACCUGGGGGAGUUGCUGAGUGCAGCAAAGCAGGAGCAGGCAAUGCUGGUGGACAAGCAAGCCAAGGAGACCCAGCAGCACAGGAAGGAUUCUGCUGAUCGAGAGGCAAAGCUUCAUCAUGAACUUUCAGCAGCCAAUGAGAAAAAUCUCCUGCUCCGGAAUCAGGUAGAUGAGCUGGAAAGGAAGUGCAAGACACAGCAGGAGCGGCUGUUCCAGGUGAAGGAGGACCUGACCCACACAACUGCGGAACUGAAACUGCGGGCUGUACAGGCCGAAGAGCGCUUGGAGAUGGAAAAGAGGAGGUUCAAACAGAGCCUGGAGGAUGCAGAGUCCCUUCGGCUGAAGGAGGUAGAUCACUUGACACAUCAUAUGGAGACAAGUGAGCAUUCCCUGCAGGAGCGGAUCCAGAGGCUGGAGGCCAUCCGUGUAGGGCUUGAGGAGGAGCUGAGCCGAGCGAAAGCGGCUGCCCUUGCAGAGCGAGGACAGGUGGAAGAAGAGCUCAUCAAAGCCAAGAACCAAGCCAGGUGGGAAGAGCAACAGAGAUUGGAGCACCUGGAGGAGAAGCUGCGGCUGAUGACACAGUCCCGUGAUGAGGCCCAGCAUUACUGUCUGCAGCAGAAACAAACUGUGUCUGAGGCACAUGUGAAACAGAGCCAGCUGGGUCUGCAGAUGGAAGGACUCAGGAGGCGGGUGGAAGAGCUUCAGCAGGAGCUGAGUGGCAAGGAGCAGGAAAAAGUCACUGAAGUCAACAAGGUGCGCGUGGAGCUGCAGACGCAAAUUGGACACCUGGAGGCUGAGAGGGCAGCACAGGAAGGGCUGCGAGAGAAGACUGCCGCCUUGGAACGACAGCUGAAAGUGUUGUCUAGUAACCACCGGGAGGCGCUGCUGGACAAAGAGGGUGAAAUUUCCAGCCUGCUGGAGAAGCUGCGAGUUCGAGAAGCAGAGAUCUCAAGGAUGAGAGAGGAGGAAGCUCAGCGAGCCAGUUUUCUUCAAAAUGCCAUCAUGACCUAUGUGCAGGGCUCCCUCACCCCCAAGAAGUGAGCAUGAAUCUGGAAGGAUCCUAAAUCCAGACCUGCAGGAACAGAAAUCCCAGAAUGGCUGUUGUGGUCAGGCUAUGAGGCAUAUGGGGAUCAUGGAUUCUGACUUCCUAUAUAGCUGGGAGAGCCUGUAUCUGGUUGCGUUGACAUGCAGCUGCCUGACGAUGGGCCUGAGAAGUCCUUGGAGGAUUAAUCAUUGCCUUAAGAACCAUAUUCAUGGUAUACCCCACAGCUUUGUCUUAUUUAAAUCUGCGAACUAGGUUUUGUUCCUAGUUCUGUAACCAGGAACUAAACUGUAAAAAAAUGUCCAUUCCAACUUGUAGCCCACAGAAAGGUCUGCUCUCUCAAGGCAGGAAAGAUCCUUUACAGCAUAGACACUGGCCACAAUCUCAGGCCCAAUUUAUGCUUUACCUGUGUCUCAUGAUUUCUGCUGGGGAAAUGCUUCCAUGUGAUCAGCUCUCAUUGGUAAGAAGGCAUAGUGCUGGGCUGGCUUAUUGCCCGGGUCAUGUAAGUACUCCCCAUGUCAAUCCUUCAUUUCCACGGGUGGAUGGGUGAGGAGGCUGCUGAUGCCGGCAGGGGAAAUACCCUAAUCCCUACAUAAUCAUAAGGAUUGAAUUUGGAGAAAGAGUUGCUCAAUAUAGCCCACUAUCCUGAUCCACAGACUCUUUUAGCAAAACCUUAUUUAUCUUCCAUAUCUGGGAGUAGCACUGUUGCUGGAGCUUGCUAAAGCAGGGAGUACAGAGAUGAAGCCUCUGCCACCAGCAUGUGAUUCCAUUGGCCUUAAAAUGGUGCAAAGCAAGAGCUGGUUUUCACAAUCAUUCUUGCUGCUGAGUGUUAGGUGGCAGAGGGAAGAGGAUGAGGUGUGCUCGCUCCCGAUUCUCAGUUGUCCACACAGUGAGAAUGACCAGGAAGUGAUUGUGUGGGAGGAUUCCACCGUGGUUGCUCAGUGUGGACAUCCGAUAUUGGCAAUCUUAAAUUUGAAGUAGGGCGGUUGAUGUUGCUUGCUAUACUGUGCAACCAUGAUUGAACCUUUGCACAAGAUCAUUUCCUGGUCAUUUCACCACACAAUCAAGAGCGUGUGUGCCUCCUCCCUCUUUUGCCCAACACUUGGCAGCUUAACUAUGAUCACUGGAUCAUGAGAACCAGCCUGGAGUGUCCUAAUAGGGGCAUGAAUCUCUUAUCUGUGGAGUCUUACCAGUCUUGGUCUUAAGAAUAAUCACCUCCCAUCACUGACAGCAGGAUUGUCCUGGGUAGGACGGUGGGCUGUGGUGUAAAGGCUGGAUUGUUUCCAGACCAUCAAGAUGUUGCUGUGUGCCUUCCCUGGAGGAUACGAACGUGGGAAUGGCAAGUUUGAUAUUAAUUUCUAUUGUCAGCUUUAUAACUAGAAUGAAAUGAGACAAUUUUGACAACUUGGUAAAUCUCUUGCCAUCCUCCAUAAACAUUAUGAAAAUGAAAAGCCACACUUAUAUUUUAACAGAGGUGUUGCUUUUUUCUUUUCUUUUCUUGGAAGGAGGCAAAAUCCUCCUCCUCUACUUCGGGACAUUGUUUCCCUCAAACUUCACAACAGGAUAAGUGCAUUUUAACCUCAGGGAAUAUGCAGCUUGCAUUUUGCUUUGGUUUUUAUUGGACACCAGUGGGUCAAGUGCUUUCAAGACACCGAAACAUCCUCCUCUCCAAAUCCCCAAUCAAAUUGAGAAUAAUCCUUUGGCAUCAAGGUGUUUUAUGGAUUUUUAGGUGAACACUGAGAAGCAAACAAAGUAGGGUACCUUCUUCACAUGGCUUGGUGGCCAGUGGUUGGUUUGUGGCACACUCACCCUGUGGUGACAUAAUGGUGGCGUUUUGAAUUUUUUAACCAACUUUUGACCAUUUUAGGAUGAUCUCUUGGUACUGGCCAAAGAAUGCAUGGAAAUCUUGUACUGUGCUUGAGGUAGAAUUUCGGGUCACUGCCUUUCCCCCAUCAGCAAUAAUGCGGUGUCCUGCCCAUAAGAAAAACAACAUGGUUGAUGACUGAAACUGUACAGCACAGCUGGGGGGUAGUGAGAAAGUGUUGGCAAAGUCAGUGGGGUGAGAAAAAGGACAAAGCUAAAUGAGGAUUCCCCUUGUUCUUUCCAAGCUUCAUUUCUGUGGUUCUGGAGGGAACUGAGUGCUGUUUACUCACGCCUGUCUGGAACAAUCAGUGCCCUCCAACUUACUGCCCUUGGGCAAAGACACAUCCCCCACCCUACCCUCUGCAUGCACACACAAGACAGUGCACCAGGGCUGGGGUUUGAGCAGAUGCUUAAAAAAUCACAUCUCUGCUGUUUAAUAGGAUUUGACUUAUUCUAUGGGAAAGCAGAAAUUUGUUCCCUCUUGGGCUUGUCCUGGAUUUGGGGGAAUUAAUAGAAAAGGGCAGCAAAUCAGCAUUCAUCUUCACUGUCACAUAGCUCCACCUGAACAACCAAGUCUUGCCUGCCCUGCACUAGUUGUUGACUGUGUGUCAGUGCCCAUUUGCGGUUUCUGUAAUGAGCAUCUGAGAAUCAAGAACGCAUGACACUUCAAGUGCCUUUUAAACCUCUCUUGCAAUGUAAGUACAUUGGCAAUGUUGCUAUCACAAUGGUUGAAAAUAGAAAGGAGUCUCUUUAAAACGUUUUAAAAUCCACAAGAGCUUUUCAGUCAAUGUAGGUAUUACCUUUUAAUUACUGAUGCAGGAAAUGCAAAAGCCAAUUAAAAAAUCCACAUGUGAAAACUCCAAUCAAUCAAUCUUUAUUACGGUCUUUGACAAGCAUAAAGUAGAUUACAUUAAAACAACACUGAGGCAGCAUGAGGCAUUAAAACAGCAUGAGGGUAACACUGAGGCAGCUAUGCCCGGAACUGUGCAAACAGCAGAGAAGCAAAAAGCUACACACUGCUAUACAGCUACUGUUGAGCUGCGGCAAACUAUCCUAAAACUAUAGUUAAAACAGGUAAAAUGAAUGUCAAAUGGGUAAAGACUAUAUAAAAGCUUUAAGUGGUUAAAAUCUACUCAGUCUGUGAAGUCAAUAAAAAGUAUAAAACUAUAAAAUACUAUGGGGUUAAAACUAAGCAAAAUAUGCUAAAAGGGUGUAAGAUUUUUUUAGAUGCCCCCAAACCCCUGCAGCCAGGAAUAAAUGGGGACCCCAAAAAUCCUCAUGCUAACAGAGACCAUGGGCUCUUUUGAUGGUCCUGGCUGUCAAGAAUCCCAAGACCCAAGAAGACACGAGGAGAAUAAAGAGAUUAUAUUUAAUCAAAACAGAUUUAUUUUCUUACCGAAAUUUGGAUGAAUUGCAGUAGUAAGCACAACACCUCUCUCUUCCUCACAGCAAUUAAACAAUAUUAAGCUGACA